AAAAAAAAAAAAAGGUAUGAGAUGGAUGCACGCCUAGACAGUUGACAAAUAUAGGGUUACAUAGGUGUAAAUGAAAAUAGGGUGAUUUACAUCCACCUCUCCUAACUUUUGCCCAAAUUACAUUACCACUCUAAAAUUCCAUUUAUUACAUUUAAACUCACAAAAUUGACACUGUUAGCAUCGUUUUUUGGGUUAGGCGGUGAGGUUCAUUGAAAAUUUUCGAAAACCCAAAAUUUCCCUUCAAUAUCUUCAACCCAACAGGCGAAGUUCUCCGACGACGAACCAGGCGAAGGCAAGCAAACCGCGAGCGACGGGAAGGCUUCUCCUCUCCGGCGAAGGGUACUCUAAACGCGACGGGUUCUCCUCUUCGGCGAAGGCAAAGUGGGAGCGACGGGAGGGCUUCUCCUCUCCGUCUCAGGUGGAAGUUUUGAGAGCACCAGGAAUCUCAGGCGACGAGCAACGGAGAUGUUCGACAGGUGACUUAAUUUCUGUGUGUAUUCACCAACCCGAGACGCAAGGGUGUCUUCGAUUUCAGGUAAUUUCAAACUUCGUGCGGAUUGGUCAGAAUUGGCUCUGAAAUAUGGAGAUAACAAUCGUCAUUGUCACCGUCGGAGGAAGAGGAAGCCCACGUGGCACUAGCACAACGGAGCCGAAGACAAUCUCGAAACGAUUUCCAGCUCUUGCGAAUGGGACCAGACAUGCCUCUGGUGCCUGAUAUACUUGGUUUUUUGGAGGUUUGAUAUUUGAUUUAUAGAAUCGGCAAUACUUUAGAUCCGAUCGAUUUGUAGAUUGACGUCAAAUCUUUAGUUAUUUUGAAUCCAAAUAACGAAAAAAUCAGGUGAAAUUUGAGGGAGAUGGCGAGGUUCUAUUCCAUAUAAUGGAUGAUGAUGAUUUUAGAUCUAUUUUGAGGAGUUCAUGUGUGGAUGUCUGGACUUUCAUAGACACAGCAAUCUGUGUUGCCUCCACCGACUACAGAAACGAAUUGAAAGAUCGAAGAGAUGGAAUCAUUGAGCGGCUUUAUACACCUACGAUUCCCCGUUGUAAGAACUGUGAUCUUGAUUCGAUGAAGUCAAAUAACAAAGAGAUUAAGAAAGUACAGUCCGAAGAUUCUCUGAUAAAUUUAUUACAAAGCCUAGCAGACAUGGAUAUAACAUUUAAGGCUCUUAAGAAAGUGUGA